CCACCCUCUUUGGAGGCUCCAUGGCCUGCAAUUGUGGAUUCCACAUUAAUAAGGUAAUGACAUUUGAUGUAUCAUCACAUAUCCAUUAAAAUGUUGUUAUGCCAUUUCACUAUAUUUUAUGCCCUUUGGUGGUUGUAUUAGCAGUCUGCCACUGCCACUGCCACUCACUCUUCUGCUCCACCUCCUGCUGCUUCUGAUACGGCUCCUGAAGCGGCUGCUUCUGCCCAACCCUCAUUCCUGAGGCCUCCUCUAAAUUUGACUAUGGUGAAUAUUUUCUCUUUAAUCAAUUAAUGUCUAAUUAGAAUCGUUGUGUAUUUGUUUGAUAGGAUAGAUUUAUGUAUAUGUUUGGGCUAGAAAAAAUUAUGUAAUGAACAUGAUAUCAAUUAACUUUGUUUUUUCUUUUUAAGUUCAAUAAGUCACGCUUUGGUGGGUCAAAGUCGACAAUGCUUAAACCCAACUUAGUGGAUCGGAGGACCCCCAGCCCCUCUCCUACACCCUCUGCAUCCUCAUCUUCUCUUCCCAGCCCCUCUCCUCCUUCAUCAGUGAGGACUGCCUCCACCCCUCUAUCCUCUGUGAGGAGCUCCACCCCUUCUCUGUCUUCUGUGAAGACCACCAGUCCCUCUCCUCCGUCCUCUGAAGGAACAGCUAGGCCUUCUCCUCCCAGCACCUCUCCCGCUCCAUCCUUUGUGAUGACCCCCAGCCCAUCUCCAUCCUCUGUGAGUGCAGCGGCUUCUAUUUAUAGAACAGGCUAUGAUAUAAAGUAGUGCAACAUUUAAUGGAAUAACAACUUGUCUUCCAUACAGGAGGAGCCUGGAGGAGUCCAGCCAGCCAGUGGGGCCCCAGCUUCUUUCUGGCUGCCAGGUGAAUGGCCCAAGACCAUCCCUGUGCAGGACCAGAGGUGGAUUGCCAGCACUAUUUUCCACGCUGGCAAGCUGCGGCCAGAUUUGAAGCUGUGGUACGAGCCGCCUGUCCCAGCUCUCAUUUAUCACCAGACACCUACACCUGACCGGUUCUUCACCCAUCGGUUGAUGGUGUGGAUGCCCUACCACCUGUGGAAGGUGAAUGUUUUCUGUCCAGCUUGUGGCAAGAACCUGACAGGCUAUGGUGUCCAUAAAAGAGCACGGAAGGUUCUGGACAUCGAUAGGUACUAUGUCAUGGUGACAGAGACACUCAGGUGCACUGUGUGUUCUCUGAACUAUCUGUCCACUAGCCAGACUGUCCGGGACCAGCUUGACCUGCCGCACCAGAAAAUGUUCCGGCUGAUCCUGACCCGCAAGUGAGUAGAGUAGUCUAAAGAUGGUUAUUGUGAGGACUAAAGAACAUUUAACUGAUCACAGCAACAAUGUGCGAUUUCAGGUAUGCCUGUGACAUCCGUGUCAUUAGGCUGCUUCGGGACCGGACACUGGGCAACAGCCCAGCUCGUUUGGUGCGGCAGUUGAAAGAGAACCAUGGGGAGGAAUGGUUAAAUCGGUUGGCACACUAUCUUGGGGAGUGUGCUGACUUUGUCGAUCGACCCAGCCUUUCUCCGGUGGUCUGCCAGGAGCCUCCAGAGCCAAUUGAGAUCCCCACCAGUCGUUGGCUGCUCUCAGUGUACGGCAGGGAUAUCCUCUCCAGAAUUGGACACAUAAAGGCCAGCAUCACAUCCAUCUAUGGCAAAAUCUUAAAGAUGGAUUCCACAAAAAAGAUCACAAAGAAGCUGGCUGGCCAUGGACGGGGGACAGCACUCUGGUUAACCUCCAUUGGAAAUGAGGUUGGCCAGAUAGUGACCAGUGUGCUGUCAGUGCAAGAAGGGCCGGGACUGGACAGGAUGGUGACCGGUGUAAUGGAGCGGUACCGCCAGGCUGCCAUUCCACCACCGGUGCUGCUUUAUGUGGACUGUGGCUGCUGUGUGAGUGAGGGAGCAACAAGCAAGCUGCAGACCAGGUUCGGCAAGUGGCCAGACCUUCAGAUACGUCUGGACAUCUGGCACUUCAUGAGGAGGAUGGCCGUGGGCUGCACCACCGAUGCCCAUCCCCUCUACCCCACCUUCAUGGGAUGCCUGUCUGCCUGCAUCUUUGAGUGGGAUGCUGAAGACCUCAGCCUGUUGCGGCAGGCAAAGAAAAAACAGCUGAUGCAGGAGGGUGUGCCAGCUCUGACUGACAACCUGGUGGACAGGAGCAUCAGUAAAAAGGAGCUAAGUCUUUACUGCCGCAGGAGGACACGAGGUGAGGAGGCCACCAUCCAACUCAUUGAGAGACUGCUGCAGGAGCUGGGUGGUGCAAAUGGGAGGGACCUUAUGGGUGUCCCACUGCUGGAAGAGGUGCGCAUGGAGCACAUCUGGCGUGUGCAGAAACGCCAUGUCAAGUGCAUCCAGGAUGUGCCGGGUGUGCCUCUAUACACUGAGGUAGGCACCACCACAAAGGCAGGGGUCACCCUGACUAGAUAUCGGUGUGCCAGAGGGUCCACAUCCCUGGAGUCUUUUCACUGCCACCUAAACAGGUUCAUUCCAGGUUGGUGUCUCACAUGUAUGAUGCUUGAAAUAAUUUCAAUUUCUGUUAUUCAUAUCGCGAGGCUUGUAAUUUUUAUUGGUGUAUUUUUUUCUCCUUCUAGGAACCAGUGCAAAUGCACUGAAUUUCCAGCUUUACCUGCUAGAAGGCUUGAAUAGGUGGAAUCAGGAUCGGGCGGC